AUGAAGUUUAAUAUUUAUUACUAUUUAUUUAUUGGUAUUCACUGUGUAUGUACGAACGCGACCGCGCCUAGCGUAUCUUCAAUCAAUAGAAUACUGAGAAACCGGGCUGCUGAACGAGCCGCGGCGGAGUUUGCGAGGGCUGCUGGCUACGGGUUGUAUGCUGCCCCUCCGCCGUACGGCAGCUUCCCGUGGGGCGGAAGCGGCGGGGUGUGGCCGCAUGGUGGCUUGCCUCUCCCACCAGGUGUAGCUGCACCGUCGGUAGGCGUACCUCACCCAGAUGCUAUGAAACAAGGCUUCUUAUCAUCAACGGGGAGAGGACUUAUUGAUGUCGACGGAGACGACUCGGGCUCUUUAGACGGUGAACAACCAAAGUUUAGACGAAAUAGAACCACAUUUAGUCCAGAUCAAUUAGAAGAACUUGAAAAGGAGUUUGAGAAGUCGCAUUACCCUUGCGUGUCUACGAGGGAGAGGCUCGCUUCUAAGACAUCUCUUUCUGAGGCACGUGUACAGGUUUGGUUUUCCAACAGACGAGCCAAGUGGAGGCGCCACCAGCGCAUGAACCUCCUCAAGCGCGGUGGCGGCUCACCUUCGCACCGCCUCCCACACUCACCCUCCCGUUCCCGAUCGCGUUCUUUGUCCCCGACGCGUGUAUACCACGCACCACAAAUGGGCGGAGAGAAUAGCGCGUUCAAGGCCCUCUCUCACGACGCUAACGCCAUGAAGGCUCUAUCACACGCUCAGUUCGAGACGAACGCGCUCAAGGCGCUAUCCCAGCAGACGUUCGAUUUCAAACCGCACCCUGGAUUAGAGAGCAGCGCGUUCAAAGCCUUUGUACCCAACUCCGCAGCGGCCUUGCUCGCUGCGCAGUCGAUGCAAUUGUCCAGAUACGAGUCUGAUUCAGAUGAAGAGAUAAAUGUGCAUGAUGAGAGUGAGGACGAAGGUGUAAAGCAAAAAAAGGCUAGGUCGAGAUCAACCAGUCCCUGUCGACAGAGGUCUAACGAUUUGCCCCUACAAUUAACGAAGCAUGAUCGUUGA